UCUGUUUUAGGGAUCUUUGCUUAUUAAAGUGAAACCAGAUGUAAGUCCCCUGACUGGAAAAACAAGAAAACUCCUCCCCAGACCAUGGAUAUCCCAGCGUAGGCUACUUCCUCAAACUCCAACCUAUAAAAACUCACACACCGAAGUACUUUGACAGUAGAAGACAGGGUUGCACUAGGGGAACUUCACCGAACCGUUUGACUUUUGGACUUAAGGAUGUUGCAGUGUGUGUGCGUGUUGCUGCUGGCGGCCUCAGCUCUAAGCCACCUGGAUCAAGCCUCUCUGGACAACCAGUGGGAAGAGUGGAAGAUCAUGCACAGGAGAGAAUACAAUGGCCUGGACGAAGAGGGGAUUCGCAGGGCCAUCUGGGAAAAGAACAUGCUUAUGAUUGAAGCCCACAACCAGGAGGCUGCACUGGGCAUGCACUCCUACGAGAUGGGGAUGAACCACCUGGGCGACAUGACGUCAGAGGAAGUGUCCGAGAAGAUGACGGGACUGCUCGUCCCGACGAACAGCGAGCGCAGCUUCACCAUGUCUCUGGGCGACCAGGUGUCCAAGCUUCCCAAAUCUGUUGACUACCGCAAGAAGGGCAUGGUGACGGCAGUGAAGAACCAGGGUUCCUGUGGCUCCUGUUGGGCCUUCAGUUCAGCCGGGGCCCUCGAGGGCCAGUUGGCCAAAGCGACAGGGAAACUGGUUGACCUCAGUCCCCAGAACCUGGUGGACUGUGUCACAGAGAACGAUGGCUGCGGAGGAGGAUACAUGACCAACGCCUUCCGCUACGUGCAGGAAAACGGAGGCAUCGACUCCGAGGCGGCCUACCCGUACGUCGGAGAGGACGAGCCGUGCCGCUACAAUAAAUCAGGCAUGGCAGCCCAGUGCAAAGGCUACAAGGAGAUCCCCGUGGGCGACGAGCGAGCGCUGGCUGUCGCGCUGUUUAAAGUGGGUCCGGUCUCUGUGGGCAUCGACGCCACGCUGAGCAGCUUCCAGUUCUACCAGAGAGGUGUCUACUACGACCCCAACUGUAACAAAGACGAUAUCAAUCACGCCGUGCUGGCAGUGGGCUACGGAGUGAACACCAAGGGGAAGAAAUUCUGGAUCGUCAAGAACAGCUGGGGCGAGACCUGGGGCAAGAAGGGCUACAUCAUGAUGGCUCGUAACCGCGGCAACCUCUGCGGCAUCGCCAACCUCGCCAGCUACCCGGUCAUGUGAAGACGACGAGGGCGGCUUCGCUUAGACUACUACACACAACAGUACACUAGAACAUGGGCGCUGGAAGAGUUCAUAUCUGGAAGAGUUCAUUUUCAACACGCCAGUAACCACUACGAGCAUUAACGGAAGAUUGAAAUUUGUUUACGCAGGUUUUCCAAACAGCAAUAAAAAAAUAAAUCAAAUUGGACUCUUUUGGAAAUGAACUUCUUCCGGUGAUUAAAAAGGGCUAAAUAAAUGUUGUGGAGUCUGGGGUUACAACGUCCUUAAAAACCUUUCAUGAGGACGUUUUGGUUAUCUUGAGUUAUUUGAAGCACUUUGAACACCUUAAGACUUUUUUUUUAUUUUUCUCUUUAAACCAGCAGACGUCCACUGAGGCCUGCUCCAUAAACACAGUUAGUACCUCCAGGGCUUGGUGUUAGGAACCCUGAUCCAGAACACACGCUGGUUUGUGCCAAAGUGUUCAGUUAAAUCUACAAACCCACCAGGCACAACCAACAUGUCACAACAGGUUGGUAGUCGGUGACAGUUUAAGUCCCUUUUAGUUUUUAUUACACGUUGUGUGAGAAGCAAUAGAGUUUAAAUUCAUUGUGACAGGCAACAUUGCUGGGCAAUGGGAGCUCCUCCUUGGCUGUUGAUGCAGAGUCAGGUCCUUUAAAUUAGUUUUUUAUCUUUUGAUCAUGCCAAUUUUUAUUUUUGUUGAUGUUCUGUUCAGCACUUCUCUGAUGAUCAAACUGUAAACUGAUGUUUUCUAUGAAUAAAGGUUUCAUUUUGAAAUGGAA